UCCGAACCUCAACCCACAUUCCUAGCGCUUGCGAUCCUAGAGAGUGUGCAUGAGCAUGUUGCUUCGCGAAGAGGAUCAGGACGCGUUUAAGCGAUGGGUGCUUCCCAAGCUUGAGGUCAUAUCUGAUGCAGACGCAGAGGUACUCGCCGACUACGUGAUUGCGCUCGUCACCACCAAAGAUGCGACAGCAGAUAUCAGGCGCAAUUGUCUGGAAGCUCUGUCGGACUUUCUUCAAGACCAUACUGGCGCAUUCGUUGACGACCUUCUUCGCGCUCUCACCCAGAGAAACUAUAUUCCUCACCCAUCAGCAAAUACAGCGACUACUCAAGCCUUCAAUUCGUACACUGCGCCCAUCCCGUCCAUAGUUGACAUUUCAACCGCGGAAAAUGUCCCACGUACACCGCCUUUGAACGCGCCUAGGGGUCCAGCUGCAACACGAACAUCUGCUACUCAGCACCGCUUACCAGACCGACCGACUGGAACUUCCGCACACUUCGAAGCACCGGGUCUACACAUACAAACGGACAGAGGGCAGCAAUCGAGGAAACGCAAGCUGAACGAGCGUGAGACGAGCCGAUCACGGGAAGGCCACGAUGCUGCUCACAAUAGACCGUCCAAACAGACAUUACGCAAAGGCAGCAAGAAUGCCAGAAAUAGUCAAGGAGGCAUGGUCCCGCAGGUUGGGUUCUCAGCCUUCGCACCCAUGGCCACCAUGUCCAAUCUACCACCUCCACCACCAGGCGUUCCUCCUUUCGAUCGUUCGAACCCGAUGGCAUUCAUGGCAAUGGCUGCUGCGUUUGGAAUCAAUAUACCUGGUCUGGAUCCUUCCAACUUGCCAAAUGCGCAAAUACCGGCGCCCAGUGGAAAAGAUCGCCGAGGAAGGUGCAGAGACUAUGACACGAAAGGAUUUUGUGCCUUUGGACAUAUGUGUUCGUUCGAACACGUUGCGGAGGAUGUUCCCGAAUAUGACCCAAAUCAUGCCUCUCUCGUGCAGCUCGACCAGAGAGUGCCCCAGCAACGUGUAAACAAUCGCGUACCGCACGGCGACCGUAGCAGAAGUUUUAACAAGCCUACCGGUGGCCGCAACCGUGCGCCCUUCUCCCUGCCUGGCCCAUCUUAUGAUCGUUCCAACACCACACUCGUUGUGGAACAGAUCCCAGAAGAAAGUUUCGAUGUUGAUAAUGUCCGCAAAUUCUUCUCUCAGUUUGGAGGUAUCGUUGACAUACAGAUGCAAGCCUACAAACAUCUGGCAAUAAUCAAAUACGAAGAUCAUGAUGCUGCGAGUAGAGCGUAUAAUAGCCCCAAGGCCAUUUUCGACAACAGGUUCGUCAAAGUGUAUUGGCACAAACCUGAUUCCCUCUCCAAGGGAAGCUCGAGUGAGGCGCAAAGCGAAGAUGGUCGUAAUGCAGAUGAGGAGAUUCUGGACAUGAAAGAAAUUGAGAAGCGACAAGUUGCAGCUCAGAAACUCUUCGAAGAGCGGCGGAGAAAGGCAGAAGAAGCAGCAGCCAAAGCUGAGGAGAUUGAGGAACAGUUGAAAAAGAAGGAUGCAGAGGUCAGCGAACUAAAACGUGAGCUCGCUGCGAAAGGGAGUAACGGGACAGCGGAUUUAGACGAAGACUUCUCGCAAGAUCUGUCCACUUUGCAAGCCGAAGCCGACGCCUUGUUUGCACAGCAGGGCGCGGAUGUACCAACUCGUGGUCGUGGACAUGGUUACAGUCGAGGAGGUUAUAGAGGGCGCGGUCACGCAACAUUCCCGCCGCGUGGACGUCCUUAUGCGCCGUUCAGGGGUGCCUAUCAAAGUCGGGGUCACGCUUCUUUCCAUGGCGCGCGAAGCGGUGUCAAGAGAUUAGACAAUCGGCCUCGCCGCAUCGCAGUUGCAGAUGUUGAGAACGGAUCCACACGAGAUGAAGCCCUACGGCAGUAUCUACUAAACGUCGAGGAUUGUACCUCCAUUGAGCCACAUCCCCAGCACGCUAAUGUCCUUAUCCUCACUUUCAGCGAACGGUAUCAGGCAGAGAUGUUCCUCGAUUCCGCGAGGAAUAUACCCGAUGUUGGCAAGCUAGAACUCUCAUGGAUGCCGAACGAUGCUUAUGUCGGCCUCACCUCCACUUCUUCGGACCCCAACAACCCUGCAGAAGCCAGCGAUCACGACUCUGACGUUACCAUUGGAGGUGAUGAUGAAGCGGAAGAUGGGGAGCAGAAUGUGAGCGCGGCCGAUGCGGACAUGGAUGUUGCGGAGGAUGAGGAUCAAUGGUUGUAGAGGUACAUAUACAGCAAGCCAGUCAUAUUUAACAAGACAUGAAUAGAAUUU